AUUUAUUGUAGCAACGAAUCAUAGCAACGCGGAGAGUCCAUGACGACGAUGGUGGAGAGAUCGUGGAUCAUGUGUUGGAAUGCGACUGUGUCCGAGAACUUCACACAGAUCUCAUAGUUUCGGAGCCUCGUAAAAAGCUCGCGCCGUCCUGAGCGAUAAACAUGGGAUGCGGGAGCUCCAAAAUCACGGUGGUCGAACCCGUAAAACCGGGCCUUCUGAACGGAAACGAGACUGAGUUUGUUGUACAGGGAGGCUCUCGCGGCGACUCUGCCGUGUCCAAAAUGACCACAGACAGCGGGGUCAGUCUAGACGCAGCGGAUCCAACAGCUCUACCUGGAUCUGUACCUAGAAUGCUGCCACCGCUGCAAGCCCAGAGCCCCGGACUGGCCCAGCAAAGUGAAGAGAGGCCCGAGUCCAGUGAGAUCCUGGAGCAGCUGCUUGUUCAGGGAAUCAUUCCAGCUCAGCCAAGACAGGGAGGAAGUGGGGAAGCCUACAACAUCAUGAUGGAUGAUGCUGAGAAGCCAAAGAGACGCCCUCCCGCUCGGCUAGAGUCACUGAAAAUUCGCAAAGAACAAGAAGUCACAAGAAAGGAAGACAUUGAGAUGAAGAUGAGACAGGUGGAGGAGAGGAGAAAGGAGAAGGAGGAAGACCUGAAACGCAGGAUGAGGAUUAAAUCAGCACGGCCGCGUGUGGCUGCCCCAGUGACCGCAGACGGGGAACUCGACCCUUUGGAAGCGCUCCGUUCCGAACAGCUUCCUGUCCCGACCAAAACCAAACAGCUACGAUCAACGGAGCCAGUCAAUGGAGAGUCUGAGGACCAAAGACUUAAUGAUUCCCCAGAACUGGAAAAUGACUCCACCUUCCAACAGACAGAAGACACGGAUGAGGGAUUUUAGACCUGCUGUUUGUGUUACGUUUCAGAAUGAAUCUACAAGCAGCUUGAUCCAGCGAUAUUUCCUAAUGUACAGUUGCACGUGCACUUUACACGUUAUUCUCAAUAUUAAUCUUGUUUAUUUGAAUGCAGGGUAUGGCUCAGAUCAAAGUCUGACCUUGGGUAUUACAUUAUUAUGGAAACAUGUGCCUAAUAAGUGUAAACAGGAUAAUGCAGUCAUUACGUAGGUAGCAGAACAAUGAUCAUAUACAAAUCAGCAUGAUAUAUGUUAGUUGCCAAUGAGAUAUUUCUUUCAUAAUGCUCGUAACGAUUUUGAGAGCAUUAUUCUUUCUCAAAGGUUUGGGGUCAGUAAGAUUUUGAAAUGUUUUCAAUGUUGUGCUCAGGAAGGCUGCAUUUAUUUUAUUUGUACAAAUAUUAUUAGAAAUAAUAAUUAUUUUAAAUUACUGUCUUUCAGAUUUGAGAGUAUAAUUUAUGAUGACAAAACCGAACGUCACAUAAUUAUUCAGAAUGAUUACUAGUAACAUUUCCUAUUAUUUAUAUAUACACAUUGAACAGUUGUUCUGCUCAAUCUUUUUGAUAUAUAGAAAAUUCAAAACAACAUAAUUUACUUAAAAAUAUAAGCCUUUUAUAACAUAAAUACCUGCACAGUUAAAUUUAUAAUCAAUUUAACGCAUCCUUGCUAAAUGAAAGUAUUUCUUACUAACCCCAAACUUUUCUGUGUACAGUUUAUCAUAUAAACUACUUUUAUAUGCAAUCAGUUAUUACAAUAAUCCGUGAGAUGUUUUGUCUAAAAAUCAAUAUAUUCCUUUAAACACUGCAAUUGUGUACCUUCCGCUGAAGGGAAAUGGCUCUCCACAAGGUGGCACUACUUAGCUUAGGCGGUUAGGCUGAAACGGAAUGGUUUUGUCUUGGGGACAGUGGAAAUCCGAGAUGGCUCUCUGGUGUUUUCUUAGCAUGUUAGUAUGUCUCUUUGUAAUUAUGAAGGUGUAACUAUCCUAAGUAACUAGGCCUCUUGCAAUUAGUUAAUUAUAUAAAACUAGAUACCUUUAAAAA